UCAGUACCCAGUCUUUACCGCGUUGUUUUGCCGCUCAUUGGAACAAUAAAAACAUGGACGAAAAGAAGCCAAAAUCCAACCAAAUAUUCAACGAAGUUCGCUACUUUAUCCCUUCAGAAUGUACCGAGGAGGUGAAGGAAAUUUUGAAGCAAGAAGGGGCGAAGAAGGAGUUCUAUAUCAGUGAUUUGGUAACCCAUGUGAUAUCAGACAUGGAGGAUGAAGCUUUGAUAAAUGAAGCAAAGGAAUAUGAUCUACCGAUAGUGACGCAAAGUUGGGUGACGACAAGUAUGAAAGCUGGAAUGAAACUACCAACAAAACCAUUCUCUCUUCAAAAAGAUGGUUUAUUCUCUGGGAUUAUAAUAUGCCCCUCCCAGAUCCCUUGUGAUGAUCUUGACAAGCUGUGGGCCAUGGUGACGUACCAUGGUGGUACAUGCCAAUUGAACCUGACACCAUCUUGUACUCACCUUGUUGUACCUCAAGCAAAUGGGGAGAAGUACAAUGCUGCCAUCAAAUCAGAAGGGAAAAUAAAAACAAUCACACCAAGUUGGAUUGUAGACUGCAUUAAAAGUGACAAACUACUUGACGAACUAAAUUACUUACCAUCUGAGUCUACCGAUACAACAAACUCGUCACAUGAUGAGAAAGAUCUUGAAAGUACAGAUGAUUCCAUGACAACGCCCUCAAAUCCAAGCUUGUGUACUGCCCCCUUAAGAACCACAGACUCAAGAAGUAGUGCCUUUACAAGUCCAGCUACUACAGAAUCUAGAAAACAAAAUAACAAAAAUGAGAAGCAUGAAGUGUUAGAAGUAAGAGAAACACCAGUGAAAACGGAAGGAGAAGCAAGUCAUAAUUACCAAUUUGUUGAAAAUAAUGUCUCUCGGGAUGAAGCUUGUGCUGUAAAACUAGAGGCACAAGCUAUAGAAGAACAUGCCGAGACAACAGAGGAUAGAAAUGAAAUGAGUAUGCUACAACCAGAAAACUCUGAACAAUCAUUGCUGCUCACUGGAUGUGUAUUCGUAGUCAGUGACUAUCAGGACUGUAUGGACCACAGUAUCUUAGACACAUGGAUCGAGUCCAUAACAGUGACAGGAUAUACAGGUGCUGAGAGGCUCUUAGUCAAGAAUAUGAUCUUCGUGAUAGGAGCCACAUAUACAGGAUAUCUGUCGAGGUCAAAUACUCAUAUCAUAUGUAAAAGCUCAGUAGGCGACAAAUACGCCAAGGCAAGAGAAUGGGGAAUACCUUGUGUGAAUGCUAAAUGGCUUGGAGAUAUCGUUACAUCUGCAAAGGUCCCUCCCUGUGCCCUCAAGAGGUAUUCAGUAUUUGGAGAGGACGACGACUUAUCUGCGAAUAUGGAUCAUGUAAAAGACCUCAUUGGUGCAUGGGCGAAUGACCCUACAGUACCCGAUAACACAGUAGACAUUAAGGAAUCCAAAGGAAUGAAAAGAAAACAAGCUGAAGUUGAAGAAGCGGAGGUCGAAGAAUCGCAAACCGCUAAGAAACAAAGAUUUUCAAAUUCAUCCAACAUUGAAAUGAAUAGCAAUACGCCUCGUGUUCUCUUUACUGGUCUGUCUAUUGGGAAAGUAUCCACUUUAAUGAAGAUGUUAACGGAGUUAGGUGGCGUUGCUGCAGAUUCACAUCGAACCUGCACGCAUCUUGUCGCUACUAAAAUUAUUCGUACCGUCAAGUUCCUUUCUGCCAUCUCCAUCGCGCAAUUCAUAGUUACGCCUAACUGGAUAGAAGAAAGUUUUGAAAAGAAACAAUUUUUAGAUCCAAAGUCCUUUUUAUUAGAAGACGUUGAAGCCGAGAAAGAACUCAAUAUAAGGCUGUCCGCAUCGAUCGAACGAGCACAAAGCCACAAACUAUUAAAGGACGUGCAAGUCUAUGCUACGCAGAAUGUACAACCAUCACCAUCGUCUCUGAAAGAAAUCGUAGAAAGCGCUGGCGGCCAGUUUUUAACGUCGAUUCCAUCAAGAACCAUGCUUAGAAACUUGAAAAACAGCAAAACAAAGGAGGGUAAACCUUCAUUGAUAGUUGUAACAUGCCAAGAAGAUUUGGAACUAUGCGAUACAUUCACCAAAUGUGGAAUUGAUAUUCACAGCACGGAAAUAAUUCUAGGAGGUGUGUUGAGUCAAGAACUAGAUCUCAAAACAUACAAAGUAAAGUUUAAGUAACAGAAUCACAUGGGAAUGGUAUUAUUAUCUGUAUCCUCUUCAUGGUCUAGUGGACUAAUCUCCUUCCACUCCCCUCCCCCUCCUCCUUCCCCCUCCCACCACUACCACUCAAAGGAGUGUUUCCCAGGAUUCAUAUUUUUAACAUUUUAUUAUGGAUUUUUAUAAAAUGUGCAUGGAGUGAUGAUAGCAUGCAAUGUGGGCACCCUUCUUGCUUGAUCAUAGUACUUUUCUGAUGAUUCAAUGUGGUCUAACUUGGGUACAAACAACCUUAUCGUGUCAAUAGUCCCCUUCACAGUUCCCUGUGCCAUCUUGAAAGGUAGCCGUGCCUUUGCAUCAAAGCGAGAUGAACGGUGAGCUUGCAA